UCUUCAGUAGGAAAAUCUAGUGUUUGGAUCUGUGUCUUCAUCACUUUUUAUCUACUUUGUGUGCAAUAUUUCUGCGGUUUUUCCUGCCAAACUACAGUAAUGAGUCUGAAGAGAAAGCACUUGGGUGACGACAGUUUCACGCCGAAGAGCAAAAUCUAUCUCAGUAAGAGAAUUGUGGAGAACAACAAUGUGGAAAAGAUGACAGAAAUCUAUGAGAAAACCCACAAGAUGCUCUUCCAGGGGGCCAACAGAAAGCCCUCUAGUGAUAGUGUACAGUCGGCGCCACAAGACGUUCUUCUCUAUGGUAAUGGUGAGGUUAGAGACGCCCAAACAAACACUCUUCUGCAGCCGGAAAGCCUCUCAAAGGCCUGCUCAGGAUGCCUGAAAAGUGCCACGAAAUUCCACUCUGCCUGCGUCAAUUGCAAUCUGCAGCUUUGCGAGUUCUGCGGUCACUCUUGCUCGUGGUGCCGCAAAGGCAUCUGCGAGUCAUGCAUCAAUUUGUACAGUUGCGGCUCCCUUGAGCGCCCCAUUUGCGAAAAUUGUUCAAUUUAUCAAUGAAAGAAUAUCGAUGAAAAGAUGUAUUUCUGCUA